AUGCCUCUUGCUCACCGACCUCAGUCGAAUGCAAGCCGACAGAAUGUUGAGCCCAAGCUGCCUGACGACGAUGUUAUCACCCCUCCACACCGAUCUACCUCGACGGCUCGCUCACCCGAACACCGUCAUCAUCAUGUUCCGCAUCUGCCCAGGUUUAAUCACAAUGGCCACAAAGUUACCCGUGGUAUCCACCCAGACGGCGAGAGCGGAAGAAAAGGCAUCCACCCAUGGGAAUUCUUGAAGAUUGUCUUCCGCAGCACCAGCACUGCCUCGAAGCUUGUCAAUAUUCUAUGGCCAUUUGUGCCAGUGGCUAUUGCAAUGCAUUUUGCUCGCCCGGACCAGCAUCUAUGGAUUUUCAUUCUAAAUUAUGUCGCUAUGGUUCCCGCUGCGAAUUUGGUUGGGUUUGGUGGUCAGGAGCUUGCUCGCAAGCUGCCCAAGGUCCUUGGUGUAAUGCUGGAGACAACGCUGGGUUCAAUCGUGGAGAUUGUCCUGUUCAUGGUCUUGAUUCACAAUUCAAAGAACAACAAUCUGAUUCCUGUGAUCCAAGCAGCCAUUCUUGGUUCAAUGCUAGCCAACCUGCUCCUUUGUCUCGGCUUCUGCUUUUUCGCCGGCGGCCUCCGUCGAGAUGAGCAGACAUUUGACCCGGCCAUCAGCGAGGUUGGCAAUGGUCUGCUCUUGGUGGCAGGCAUGGGCCUUAUGGUGCCGUCAGCCUUUUAUACUGCGCUAGACGGUGUUAUGCCAAACGAUUUACUCCGCUCGAGGGUCCUGACCAUUAGCCGAAUCACUUCGAUCUUCUUACUUAUUGCCUUUGCCAUAUACGUCUGGUUUCAAAUGCGCACCCACCACGGCAUCUAUCUCGAAAUUCUGGAAAAAGAUGAAGAACUCGACGAGGAUCGCCACCGGGACCUGAAAAAAGACAAACUCACAUUGACUGAAUGCUUCAUUGCGUUGGCGAUUGCACUUGCUUGCGUCUCGAUGCAUGCUGUUUUCCUCGUCGAACAGAUUCACUACCUAGUGGAAGAACGCGGCGUGAGCGACAACUUUAUUGGUCUGAUCCUAGUCCCAUUGGUGGAGAAGGCUGCCGAACACUUGACCGCCGUGGACGAAGCGUGGGACAAUCAAAUGAACUUUGCACUCGCUCACGUUCUUGGCGCUACUAUCCAGACUGCUCUUCUGAACGCACCGCUCGUUGUCAUGGCUGGAUGGGGUCUGCACAAGGAAAUGGACCUCAACUUUGAAAUUUUUAUGAUUGUUCUGUUCAUUCUUUCGAUUAUUGUGGUGGGUAAUUUCCUCAAGGACGGUAAAAGCAACUAUCUUGAGGGUGCGCUCUGCGUUUUAGUUUAUUUGAUCAUUGCUGUUACCACCUGGUUCUAUCCAGACCCUAAGGAAGGUUCUACAAAUACUCAACCAGAGACAGAGGCCCCUGAAAAGUUACGAAUGCUCUUUCGUUAG